AUGAAUAAAAACAAUAUAAAUUAUAAUUUGGACAAAAAAUAUUCAGAGGGGGAUAUCGUUUCCUUUUGGAACAACGUUGCUUUAGAAUUUGUAAAAUGGGAUAAACCAUUUUCAAAAGCAUACAGUGGAAAUGAAUAUAAUCCAGAAUGGUUUAAAGAUGGGUUAGUAAAUGUUUGUAAUAAUGCUUUAGAUGUUCAUUUAAAAAACGAUAAAAUCAAAGAUAGUGUUGCAUUAUACUACGAAUGUCCAAGCAAAGGAAUAAAAGGAAAUUAUACCUAUCACCAACUGUGGAAAAAAGUAUGCAUUUUUUCAAGAGUACUUAGAAAUCAAGGUAUUGUUAAAGGUGAUAGGGUUUUAAUUUAUAUGCCAAAUUGUGUAGAGGCUAUUAUCGCAAUGUUAUCAUGUGCUCGGGUUGGUGCGGUCCAUUGCAAUACUUACUCAGCAUAUAGCUCAAAGAAUUUAUCCAUUAGAAUUGAACAUUUAAAACCAAAGUUGGUAGUUUGUGCAAAUUUUGGGGUUAAAGGAAAUGACUAUUACAAUUAUAUACCAAUUAUAAAAGAAGCUUUGGAUCUAUCUAGUUUUAAAUCAAUGACUGUAAUCGUUGUUGACCGUAUAGAUUUAAUUAGUAAACAAAAGCAAAGAAAUUUUAUAAAUCAAAAUACAGAUAUAAAAAUUGAUAAUUCAUUAGAUUGGGAAGAAAUUACAAAAGAUGUUGAGCCAUUAUUAGACUACGAAAUGUUAAACUCAACUGAUCCACUCUACAUCUCAUAUACAAGUGGUACUACUGGUCAACCUAAAGGUCUUGUAGUGGAUACUGGUGGUUUUUUAGUAAAGUCCUGUUAUUCAUUCAAGCAUAAUUAUAACCUUCAACCUGGUGAAACAUUUUUUUCAACUGCAGAUAUUGGGUGGCAAAUAGGCCAAAAUCUUAUAUACUUUUCUUUGUUACAGGGUAUUGGUUGUAUAGUUUAUGAAGGAGGUGGCAUCGAAACAAGCUAUGAUUACUUUAGAAUUAUCGAAGAGUAUAGGGUAUCAAUAUUUUUAACUGUUCCAGUAGAUUUUAGAACUUUUAGGAAAAUGGAUCCAGAGGCAAAUAUAAUUAGUAAAUAUAAUUUAGGUAGUUUAAAAGCAAUUGCAUUGUGUGGAGAAGUUUUGGAUAGAUCAGUAAUAGACUUUAUAAAAAAUAAAAUAAAGAAACCUAUUGUGGAUAAUUACGGCCAAACUGAAGGUGGAUCUAUUAUUACAUAUCCUUUAGGUCAAUUACCAUAUAAAGAGAAAUCAGUUGGUAAACCUCUUCCCGGAUUGAAUGUAACCAUUUUAUCACCAACAACAAAACAAAUUGCAAAACCAAAUGAGGUUGGUGAAAUUGUUAUUAAAUUACCACUUCCUCCAUGUUUUUCAUUAACUCUUUUGUUGGAUGUCAACCAAGAAAGCUAUUAUAAAAAGAAUUUAAACUCCUAUCCAGGUUAUUAUUCAACGAAUGAUCUUGGUUAUUACGACGAAGAAGGAUAUUAUUAUAUUGUUUCAAGAGUUGAUGAUGUUAUAAAUUUAGGGGGCCAUUUGAUCUAUAGCAAAGCUUAUGAAGAUAUUAUUCAAAAUAAUAGUAAGAUUUUAGAUAAUGUAGUAGUUCCAAUCAAAGAUGAAUUAUUUGGUCAGGUUCCUGUUGCGUUUGUAGUUUUAAAAGAUCAGUUUAAACAACAAAUUCAAGAUCCAACAAGUUUAAAAAAUGAAAUCAAUCAAUCAUUAAGAGAAACUGAAUAUUUUGACCAUGCAAUACUCGAACAUUUAGUAAUUGUUUCAUCACUUCCAAAAACAAAUAGUAAUAAAAAAUCUAGAAAUAUAUUAACUAAAAUGUUUAAUAGUAAGUAG